UGCAAAACUCGCAUAUGGCGGAGGAGGCGGGUGUGGAGGACUGGGAGAGACAGCGGGUGUUCUACGACACUGUCAGAGAGUCCAUAAUAUGUCUGCUGGUGUUUCUGAGCCUAUACCUGGGGUCCUACUGCCUAGUGACGAGAUUCCAGCGGCACUUCUCCAGAGAAGACUGCUACACCGACCAAGAGGACCAACUAGUCUACCGCAUCACGACUUGGCUUUGCUCCUUUGCCCUCUCAGUGAGUGCAGCAUCAGCACUUCUUCUCCCUCUGUCCAUCGUUAGCAAUGAAGUCAUUGUCCUAUACCCCACCAGUGACUAUGUCCAAUGGCUAAACCCAUCACUUAUCAAAGGUCUGUGGAACUUGGUGUUCUGGGCUGCAACUUAUCACUCUUUCUCUGUCUACCCUUCGCCUACCUGUUCAGUGAAUCAGCAGGCCUGGCCUGUUUCAGGAAGGGAGUCAUGUCAAGAGUGUAUGAGACAGUAGUAGUUCUGCUGCUCCUGGUUGCCUUGGUGUUUGGGUUGUCAUGGUUACUCCUGGAUCAAGACACAACGUGGGGGACUCCAUGGUUCGUUUAUGUACCACUGCUCUACUCGGUGAUGUCAUUGCUGGGUGUGGUCUUCAUGGGAAUCUGUGCUCCACUUGGCGUGUCACAUCUCUUCACUGUUCUCGGAGCUCUCAUCACCUCUCCCAAGCCUACCACCAAUGUUGAACAAGAGUUGGAGGAUAUCAAGUGUGAAGAAAAAACUCUCCUAGGACACCUGGCUGGGGUAAAGAUGGAGGGGCUAAGGAGGAGAACGACGGGAAUGGAGGACCAAUUGAAGAAUGGUGUGGGAGAGAGAAAGACACUGGAUGAAAUCCAGCACAGAAAGGCCCAGCUAGAGAGACACCUGAACUCUUCUCCACUGGAGAGACAUGCUGUGUAUCCACUGGCCUUCCUGGGUCUGCUGGCUGUCACUCUGCUAGCUCUGCUGCUAGUGGCUCUGAACUCUGCCUCACUCAUCCUCUACCCCGACAGCUGUAAUGUUGUCAGUCAGGUUGACUAUCUACUAGGGAAAGCCAGUACCUCUCACCUUGGCCUGCUGGGUUCUCUGGUGGAGAUCACUGUUAUUCUCUAUAUCCAGUGUGCCAGUAUUGUUGGACUGUACUCUCUCCCUCACUUCCACCGCCUUAUUCCAACUCCUCACAACACCCCACUCACACAUGUCAUAGCCAACUGCGUCCUUCUUCUAAUGCUUACCUCUGCACUUCCUCUCACCUCCAAGACUCUAGGGAUCACCCAAUUCUGUCUGUUGGGCUGGUACCAGACGACGUCAUGGCUCUCCCACACUGGCCUCAUGUUCUGGUACAACUCCAUGUUCCUGAUACUGACUGCUUCCAUCAUUUCCCGCCAAGUCAGCAAAGCCAUCCUCAGGGAAGCCUCAAAACUGUUGGCAAGCUGGUUCUCAUGGCAACAGAGAAAGUCGAAGUUGCCGUUGGCAACAGAUCACAAUCAUGCUGACUGAUGCACAUUUCAAAAAUGUCAUCUUUUAGCUCAUAAUAAUAAUAAUUUUAUCAAACAUCCUUAGAAACCAAAUUAAUGGUGGUGUGAUUAUAAAGAGAGCAGUGACUCAUCUGCUGAUGAGGAAAUGUACAGUUCCAACAGUCAGCGGGAUCAUUGCACACAUACACAAAGACUGGACGUAGAAUGUUGUGAUUUCUGUCGUCAUGGGAACCAUCUCCAGGCAUCCAAUCAGAAGAGCACUUAUCAACAGUCCAACCAGUGGGUGGAGAGUCCGCUGCCUUUCAGAUGGAGGUCGAAGUGCAGUUACUAGGGCCACACCCACUACAGUCCCGGCAGAUCUCAUGAGAGAGAAGAACGGAGUUGUGUUCAGUUUGACCCAUCGACUAUCCGCACAGAACCUUUUGGCUAGAGGAAUGGAGAAGCCUGGGUCCAUUCCCAGUCUUGUCCAGGAAUGGAACAGGAAUAGGGCCAGAGACAGCAUGACAACUGCUACACCCAUCAUUGCACAGAACUUGGAGUUUGGGGAGGAAUGCAGGAGGGUGGAAAGAUGACGGCUUAUGGCAGCAUGGAUUAGGACACCAAACAGUAGUCCACAGAGUAUCUGGUGGAGGAAGUGUGAGGAAAUGAGGAGACGUGAGACCCCAAUCACACACACAGCCACCCACACCACUUGCUGAAACCUCUUCCUCCUCCCUCCCCUCUCCACGUGAUCAAGACACGUCAACAAUACCACCAGCGUGAUCAUCACAUGACCACUAGGGUUGCCUGGUCCUGUCUCGCACGUCACUGGACUCUGGUGCAGGAGGUGCGGCCAAUCUGUGUGAUGCCACGCCCACCAAUACGGCCGGUUGCCUAGCAACAACCAUUUGAGGACAAUGUUACACCAUUCCGCGGCGCUGGCUGCCAGGAUCACGUGAAACCCUGCAACUGGCCCCAGGCACCAGAAAAUUACAGGGAACACGACCAUGUAAGCGUACCGCGGGUCUCCCAGCUUCGUUACGGACACGGCCAGGGUUUCCAUGUAGGGCAGACGGUAGAACGCGUCCUGCACGUACACAAUGGCCAGAGCAUCAUAGUACAGCAGCCACUCCAUUGUCAAACUGAAGCUUUCUUUUUUCUUUCUUGAUCAUCUGAUCGUCCAGACUCGACCACG